UAAGCUUUCUUUGAUUACAGUUUUUUAUCCAAUUUUUUGUACGCAAAUAAUUGUAUUACAUAUUAUUUUAACGUAGCAUUUAUUUUUAAUUUACAUAUUAACAAUGAGUAAUAGAGGUGGUGGUUCUAAAUGUGCUGUUGCAACGUGCAAUUUAUAUUCCGGAAAAACAAAAAAAACUGGAAUUACUAAUAUUUCGUUUCACAGGUUUCCAAAAGAUCCUGGUAUCCUGAAAAUAUGGACAAUCAAAUGUAAACGAGGAGAUGUCUGGAAUCCCAGUAAAUCUUACAUUUGUUCCAAACAUUUCAAAUCAGAAGACUUUGUUCGUGAUUUGAAAGCCGAACUUAUGGGAACUGUUACUGUGAAGAGGUUAAAACCUGGUUCAGUACCAACACUGAAUUUGCCCACAUGUUUAUCUAAGGAAACACAGUCAGCAGUAGAACGUAGAAAUAGAAUGAAAGCCAAAUUAGCCAAACAGUGUCAUGAUCACUUAAUUGCCACUUCUCUUAACACAGAACCAACAGUAUCCAAAGUUAAAUCAGAUGAAGCUUUGACUCAAAAUAAUCAUCUGUUCAAUCCAAAUUAUGAAAUAAUGUAUAAAAACUUGAUCAUUAAAUAUGAAAUUAUAAAAAGUGAAAAUGAAAAUUUAAAGACUGAACUUCUAUUAUUAAAAAAAUCUGAUUUGGAUCAUAAAAAUAUUAAUGGAAAUCUCAGACAUACCAUAAAAAAACUGCAAAAGCGCUUAAAAACUUUAAAGUCAAUUCUAACACAUACACAAUAAACAUGUCAAAGCAAAUAAAAGAUCUCACUCAAAAUAAAACUAUUUCUAUUGAAAAUAAAUCAAAACCAUACCUGUCUGGAAUAUUCACUCCAAAUCAAUUAAAUCUUUCGACGAAGAAGAAAAAGCUAGUACAUUGAACUUGAGAUGAAAUAUCAAAGACCUCCUUACUUUAAUAAUAAUAUAAACUUGUAAUAAAUUGUAUUCAUAACAUCUCA